ACAUAGCUUUAGGGACGCGAUAUUGGUAUUAAGUGCCGUGAAUUAGCUAAAAAACUGACUAUGUGGGAGUACUUAAAAUUAAUUCCCUUGUUAAUUCUCUGUCAUGACUGUUCAGCUCUACGCGCUUGCACCCAAAAUGAGCUUUGUAUUACGGAACUACGCUGCAAUGAAACGGAUGACUCGGGACGUGGUUUACUUGGACCACGCAGCUUGGAUAGCAGCUGUGGCAUUGGACUCGUUUGCUGUGACAAGGCGCAGCUGGAGAGCUUCGAAGCAACCAUAGCCCAAAGGCAGCAACAACAAACACGCCUGGACAAGCAGUCCAAGCCAGUCGAGCCCAAGACUACGAUUGCACCCAUUAAUCUGGACUUCAAGCUCGAUUAUGAUACGUGUGACACAAAUAAGCUGUGUGUGCCCAGACAUCUGUGUCGAUCGGGCAUGAUCAAUGAAGAUGGUCGUUAUCUAAUUAGGCCCCGCAUCGAUGGCAGCAGCAAUUUCGGCUGUAUGACAUUGGAAAGUUGUUGUCCCAUAACUGAUCAGCUGAACGAGAGUGAGGAUCCUAUGCUACGUAAUCUGAGAGACUUCAAGUACAAAGGCUGUGGCCACAGCAAUCCAAAUGGACUCUAUUACGAUUUUGUAGGGUAUAAGAACCAUGAGGCCAGUUAUGCUGAAUACCCUUGGAUGGUGGCUUUGACGGACAUGCAAGCGAAUUACGUAUGUGGUGGCACAUUGAUUCAUCCCCAGGUGGUGCUGACCAGCGCCCACAAUGUGGCCAACCACAGCUCGGACUCACUGUUGGCCCGGGCUGGUGAAUUUGAUUUGAGCAGCCAACGGGAACCGCAUCCUUAUCAGACUCGCCGCCUGCGCUACUUGUGGCGACACGAGCUCUUCAACAAACUGAAUUUCCACAAUGACAUUGCCUUGUUGGUGUUGGAGCAACCCUUCCAGCUGGCUCCGCACAUCCAGCCGCUGUGUCUGCCGCCCGUAGAGACUUCUCUGGUGCAGGGAGCUCUCCGAGAGGCUCAAUGCUUUGCCCUCGGCUGGGGAAAUUUCAAUGCCACGGCCAAGUCCAUGGACCGCAUACUGAAACGCAUUGAUCUGCCCAUUCUGGAGCAUCAGCAUUGUCAGACUCUACUCCGUCGUACAAUUCUUGGAAGGCGUUUCAAGCUGCACCAGAGCUUCAUUUGUGCCGGCGGUGUCGAAGGCAAGGACACGUGCCAAGGAGACGGAGGAUCGCCUUUGUUCUGCAGCAUCGCAGGACAACCGAAUCGCUUCCAGAUGGCGGGCAUUGUCUCUUGGGGCAUCGAAUGUGCCGAAAAGGACAUUCCAGCUGCAUACACGAAUGUGCCGCAUUUGCGAAGCUGGAUUGAUGAACAGCUAACAAAGCUUGGCUUUAAGAUGGAUGAAUUCUAGGCGGGAAAAAAUUAUUAAUUAGAACUAUUAAUCUAUUGUAAAUAAUCUGAGAGUCACUGUGAUUGCUCCUUACAUAUUUGAAUUUUGAAUAUUUGUACAAUACAAUUUAUUAUGAUACCGAUACAAGAAUUGUAUAAUAUGUUUUUGAUUGUUGAAAAAUGCCAGCUGAACUCUAAUAAAUUAUAAUCAGGUACCAGA